AUGUCGCACGCCCCUAUUCAACUCUGUUUCCUUUUUACUCCUCUACGUGUGAUGGCCACCAAAACCUUCAAUGACAGGGCGUCUAGCGUCUCCGACAAGCCUCCCCCUUAUGAUCCAAUUUCUACAUCUGUAUCAGUGGAUUCCCGUGCCUCAGUUUUAUCUCGCAUCCGUGAAAUCGUCUCCUCUCCUGAUUUCACCCUUUCCUCUGUGGCGCCAAUUAUCACUUCCUGUGCUGCCACUCUCCGAGCAGCAGAGUUCUCCAACCUCAUCCAAGAACCCAAUAUCGAAGAUCACACGGUGCUGUAUUGGACGAUUAUAAACAACCGGCGAGAAGCCCUUUGGGAGUUUACUAAAUUCAUUUCCAAAUUCUCGCCUGCUUGCUCUUCCGACUUGCAUCUUGCAUGCAUGAUAGUCAAUGACCACGAUUUGUUCAUGCAGCUGAAAUUGGGGGACAAUGAUGGGUCUUUGAGACGCAUGUUGAGUUGUCUUGAAGCGAAUUGUUCGCUUGAUGAUCUUCAAGUCCAUGAAGGGCAUGGCAUGGGCGAAAACUAUUUCUUUGCUCAUUUUGUCUUCAGGAUGUUCCAGAAACGCCUGCGUAUUAGACAGAAAUUGGCAGUAGAAUUUGUUGCCCAGGGACGUAUUUGGGUGUUGCGCUUUUGUAUGGAGUCAAAAGGAAGUUGGUGUGUUCAGUAUGGUCUUUCGGAACCUAGUUUGCCAGUGUAUCCCAACACCAAACUUGCAAUUCAGGCUCACAGCAGGCCUCCUUGCUCAAGCUGUGCAACCCAGAGACCCUUACUUUUAGACUUAACAUAUUUGGGUGAACCAAUGGUACCUGAGGGAUUAUUGCACCACUACAUAGGUAUUGAACCAAAAAAGAGCUUAAUUGCAGUUGAACACCAGUUGGAUGAUUGGCUAAUGAAUGUUGAUCCUCCUUAUGUAGACUGUGAUGGCACCCUGAUUGCAGGGCUUACAGUGACAAUAAAAUGACACUACCCUGGUCAGCUGCAACACUUAUCAAAAGCUAUUGUUGAAUAUUGGUGGUAGCAAUCAAUAUUCUCAUUGCUACAUUU